AUGGCUCAGGCUGUGCUUGAAGAAGUUCUUGCUGAGGCUGCCGACGCCGAGGCUCUCGCAGAGGACAUUUGUGGGGGCCCGGAGAUCUUAGUCGUCGCUGAGCAUCCUGGUGUACUCCCUGAGCCCAAAGUCAAACGUCCGCGGCACCGAAGGCCCAACGAAACCUGCCCUGGACGAGAUGGCACACCUUGCAUCUUUUCAUUGCAGGCCCGGACACUUGGACAGGCGGCACGCUGCCGGCACGGUGAAGCGGCCUGCACGUGGUGUUCGCCGGCAAGUCUGACAGCGCAGCUCGAGAACCCUUACAAUCGCAGACAUGUGACACGUGCUUUACGGAUUUGGUCUGAAGCCGACGAGUCCGGUGUCCUCGCCGCAGCGUGGCAGAGAGUGCCAGAGAGCUAUCACGCCACGCUGACUGCAGCACUGGCGCGGCCCUCGCGUGCUAAGGCCGCCGUCGCCGCACGCCGUGCGGCUGCUGAUGCAGCGCAGUCCUGGCACACCUUGCUCGCCCAUCGCGUGAAUCCUGGUCUGCCUGUCUCAGCUGACGCCGACGCAGUCUACCGCGCCAAGAAAGCCGACGAUGAGAGACGCCUUCGGGCGAAGUUCGGGCCUUGGAUGGCCGCCAGAGCCGACGGCGACGAAAGCUGGCGUCCUGAGCUGGCUACACGUUUCGAGGCCUGGUGCCGUGAAACAUCUUGGGCUAUGUGCCAGCAAUGCCAUCGACUGGAACCUCGCCCAGUGUGGGAGCGAGACAUCACAUCUGCCGGGACCAACCGGUCCUCUCGGCACACGAUCGCCCGCUGUCAGCACUGUCGGGCUGGAACUGGGUAUCCAACGGUGUCGCCGGAUUUCAUCCCGCCGCAGCUCCGGAACCUGUCGUUGAAUGUACUCUGGGCUUUGCGGCCGCUGUCUCCGGAUGUCGGCUUGCCCGUCUUUGCUCGACAUGGCUACCGGGUGCACACAGACAUGAUCCGCUUCUGGUGGCGACCACGCUCGAUUGGUAUGCUCUCGGAUGUCGAACGCACCGCCGCCACGACUGCCUACGACUAUCUCAUGGGCGCUGACGACAGCUCUUACUCCCGCUUCGUCUACAUGCACAACCAAUUUCUGCGUCGGUACCGGAGCGACCUCAGCGGCGAAGAACGUGAUGGCCGUCUGCGACUGCCGCGUCGCGCCCUCGAGGAAGUGGGGCUGGAGUGUGCCGUCUGGCCGCAUCUAUACCCCCGGACCACAAUGUGCGAGACGCACAUUCGCAAAGCUGAUGUGCGGCGACGAGGCCGUCCUGUAGAGCCAGGCAGCUCUAUGCUUGACAGUCUGGUCGAUGCAGAAGAUGCCGUCUCCGCAGACGAGGGCAUGCAGGACUUGCACGACGAGCAAGAGGAGGAUUGUUCGGAAGCCGACGAAGCCGAGGCCGCAGCUCCACUGGACUUUGCCCGCUCCGGCCGCAACUCCGCGAAGAGUGCCUACUUGGCGAAGGUCCUUGGCAGCACUUUGCAGCGCUUCCCUGUUCCGGUCCCUUGGGAAAGCGAGCUGCCGGAGCGUGUGCAGCAAUACCUCUCCAGCCCCUGGCGGGCCGCCGACAUGCCUGGCACCGCGGAACCGCUCGAGUCCCUCGAGGUUUGGUCCAACAACGCCCCGCUCUGUGGCGACGUGGCCGUGGCCGCCAUCUACCUUUCCCGCUACAGCGAUCGCUACUACGGGCAGUGGGUUCUCAUGAACGUGCCUUUUCGAAGCUUGGAGGAGCUGUACCGCCCCGAGCUCGACUUGGUCCCGUCGCACCUCUACUAUCAGACGCUGGCAUUCCUGUUGCGACCUCAACACUGGACGAGCGAGGAAGCCAUUCGUGCAGAGCUCGAGCUGGAGGCAUUCCGCGAGCACCACGUGCGCAACAUCGUGGCCAUGCUCUUUGCCAACCAAGGCUUGAUUCGCAGGUACCUCUCCGGCGAGCUCGACAAGAAUGAGGACGUCCCGAGUCCUGAAGCUGCGGCGCAGUCCUUCGGCGGCGGCGCCCGCGUCCGGCUAUCCGUCCAGCAGCGUCGUAUCGCCGACGAGCUUGUGGACAGUGCGCAAGAGGGCAUGCGCCGGCGACAGCAGCGCGAGGAUGCCUGGAGAGGAGAGGGCUGGGACUCCCCAGACCCUGCCGAUGCAGCGGCGGCGAAUCCGGCCUGGGCAGCUGACCCUUCUCCUUUCGCAGGUGUGGUGGAUGCCCGCACGCCCUUUGCUGUGCUCGGGCCGGCUGGAAGUGGCAAGACGACGGCGGUGCACGACGCCAUACAACGGGUCUCUGCAGCGGGUGGCCGCAUCCUGCUCACUGCCCCGACGGGUCGUUUGGCAGCCGCUCUGCGCGAGCGCUUCCCGGAUCUGGAGGUCGACACCGUGCAUGGCGCCUUCCUCGUGCACAAGCCUGCGCAGGAAGCCUUGGAAGUGCUGUGGCCUUACGACCUGAUCGUGGUUGAAGAAGUUGGCCAACUUUCUCGUACCAUCUUCGAGCGUAUCCUAGAGCAGUGGCAAGCGACCGAUCAAAUUCCCACUUUGGUGUUCGUCGGGGACUUUUAUCAGUUGCCGGGUGUCGACCCCACCAGCGCAUUGGACUCCCCGCAUUGGCACAGCGUCCUCAUCAAGAAGCGGCAGCUCCAGACGAUGCAGCGGUGCAAGUGUCCGAAACUGCGGAAGGCCCUAGAACUCCUGCGUAUCGGCAAGCCCUCUGUGGAGCAGCUGCGCCAGAUCAAAGCCGGCCACAAAGCUCCUUCCUUGCGCAGAGCCGGGUACGUCAUGAAUGCAGAGCCAUCGAUGGAGGACGUGGCCCACAUUCUCGAGGAGACUCCGAACACGCUAUUCUUGACAAUCAGUCGCCGCGCCUGCGCGCAACUGAAUGAUGCCGCCGUGGCCGCGCUCUUCCGCGAG